CUUAAGGGACUAAAUAAUAUGUUCCCCAACUACACUGUUUCUCUCUCCAGUUCCUAAUCCCUCCUUCGUCUUCCAAAUUUGAUCUGUGAUACGUCGGUUUCCCUCGUAAUUCGUCAAAGAUUCGACUAAAAACCUUACCAGUCUUCAUUCGUAUACUAAAAUCAAAGAGGUCGAUAAUUAUUUCUUGAAAUAACUGAAAAAGCAAUUUCUCUAGAAGCCGCAAUGGCGGAGACCAUGGAAGAAACCUCGAAUAAAGAAGAUGCUCCUGUCGUUUUUCUUGACCGCGCUUCUCGAGCAACAAGAGGAAAAAGGAUGACAAAAUUGCUUGAUGAGGAAAUUGAAGAGGAUGAGCUGUUUUGGAAUCAGGAUUCUCUUAAGGAGGAAGAGAAUGAUGAUAAUUAUGUGGAGGAGGCAGAGGUUGCUGAUGAGUUUGAUAGUGACUUUGAUGAAGACGAACCUGAGCCAGAUGAAGAAGGAGAAAAUGUUGCAGAAGAAAGGGUGCGACCAAAGAAACGGUUAAUAUUUCCUGGAAAAACUCUGGCUAAGAAGAAAAAGAAAAAGAAAGAGAAAGUCCUUUCAAAAUUAGAUAGUUCUCCAGAGGAAUCAAAGAAAACUGAACAGUCUCCCCCUGAAAAUCAAGAUGCCCCUGAUGACGCAGAGGGUGAGAGAACUGUUAGAAAAUCUACAAGAACUGCCGUGAUUGUUAGGCAAGCUGAGAGAGAUGCAAUACGUGCGGCUUUGCAAGCAACAAUGAAGCCAAUAAAAAGGAAGAAGGAAGGAGAGGAAAAGAGGAUGACCCAAGAAGAGAUGCUUCUUGAAGCAGCUCAAACAGAGAUCAUGAACUUGAGGAACUUGGAACGUGUUUUAGCAAGGGAGGAAGAAGUUAAGAAAAGAGCAAUAGUGCACAAAGCUGUCUAUAGUGGCCCACAGAUACAAUAUUUGUCAAAGGAUGGUUAUACAUAUCUGGAAUUCAGUAAGGGGGCUUCGUUUCACUCGGAGAUUUCAACCACAUCUGUUCCUUAUCCAGAGAAGGCUGUCUGUGCAGUGACCGGAUUGCCUGCCAAGUAUCGUGAUCCAAAGACAGGGCUACCUUAUGCAACCAAAGAAGCUUUUAAAAUUAUUCGAGAACGUUUUGUGGAUGAAAAUAGUGGUGCUCAAAAGGAAAUGGAUAUGGGAACCUUGUUUGAUUCACUGUCUGAGAAAGAUUCUGUGCCCAGACAAAGAAGAUCACAAAGUUCAACUAAAAGGGAAAUGUCAUAUUCCCGGCAAUUGGCACGUUUCCGUAGAUUUCCAUCUCUUGAAAUUGAAAUUUCAGAUUAGUUUACAUGGCCUAAAAGGAUGCCGAACACCAUCUGCUGAAGGAAACAUAAUGUGAGUCUAUGAUGAACACCUGUACUCUAGCAUUUUGAGUUUGUGAAGAAGAGACAUUGCUAGAAAAUUAAAACUGAUUUUGCAAGACGGGAAUGUGAUUGUUGAAGUGUGAAAAUGCAAGUUGAAGCUCAUAUUACUCGUAUGUGUUGCCAGUGUUGUGCUAAAAUGCAGCUGGGUGUAGAAAAUCAUUGAAUCACCUGGCGGUGGUAUUCUUCUUGUUGAUGAAUAGAGGUGAUCAUCAAUGGGAUUGGGCAACAGUGAAACCAAUAGACAGGCCUAUAAACAGGCAACUUUUGCUGCUUGUAUGGUGGAAGUUUUUGAAGUCAACCAUCUACAAGCCUACGCAGUCAGUUUCCGCAAGUUUUUUGAAUCGUGAGAAUCUUGCCCAUUGUAGAAAGAUUUUUAGAACCCAAUUUUUCUUUUGACCAUACAAUGGUAUGGCCAAUUAAUGUUCAUUUGUUUUCUUUUUUCUUUUUUUCUGUUAUUUUAGUUUUUAAUACUGGGGUAUACUUCUAUUCAAUGGUUUGGGCUCACGGACAAUGAUUAAGUGAAGCUCUGUUAAUAGUUGGUCAGGCACUUGCAUGUUCUUUGCAAACUUUAUUCCAAGCACUCACGAAUCUAAAUUCUGAUUCAACUUGUAGAAGAAGUGACCAUUGCUGGGGUGUCAUAUCUAUGUAGUCCCACACAAAAGAGAAAUCUGUUGGAGAAUUUGAUAGGGAAUUGAUGCAGCAGAUACUUGAAGAAAGAAUAUAAACUUUGAGGCGCUAUCGAAACACUUUCCUUAGGGUUUUAUUUGUUCCCUAUUUGUAAUUUUUGGAUAAUGCAAAUUUAUUUUUAGGAUACAACAAAGCUUCCGAACCUUUUGGUUUUAUGAUUAGGCACUAACACAGUUGUAAUAUGUAUCAAAAAAUAUAAUCGCAACCUUUUCCUUGUGUAUGAGCACAACUUUUAGCUUGUAAAUGUACGUAACUUUUGACUUGUAAAUGGACAGAGUCUUUACCUUUUAGACUAU